UCACGCACAUGCUUUGUUUUCACACUCCCCCACAACUACCUCUAUAAAUAAACCCAAGCCCUAGGCCUAGACAACACUUGUUAUUCUGAAAAUGGCGGUGAAGACUUGUAUCUUCCUCUCUCUCUGCUUUCUCUGCACACUUGUUUCUGCGCUUGCCCCUUUCGAAGGGCUGCUUCCCAAUGGGAACUUCGAAGAAGCCCCAAAGGCGACAGACAUCAAGAAGACGGUGCUGCAGGGCAGGCACGCCCUCCCCAAAUGGGAGAUCCGCGGCCUGGUUGAGUACAUCUCCGGCGGGCCCCAGCCCGGCGGGAUGUUCUUCAACGUGGCCCACGGCGUCCACGCGGUGCGCCUCGGCAACGAGGCGUCCGUCUCCCAGACCGUCCCCGUCCGGAACGGCACCCUCUACGCGCUCACGUUCGGCGCGUCGCGGACGUGCGCGCAGGACGAGGUGCUGAGGGUGUCCGUGCCGUCCCAGUUCGGCGACCUCCCCCUCCAGACCCUCUACAGCAGCAACGGCGGCGACACCUACGCCUGGUGCUUCCGCGCCACCUCCAACUCUGUCAAGCUUGUCUUCCACAACCCCGGAAAGCAGGAGGACCCCGCCUGCGGCCCCCUCCUCGACGCCGUCGCUAUCAAGCCCCUCCCCAUCCCCACCCCCACCAGAGGUAACUUGGUGAGGAACGGCGGAUUCGAGGAGGGCCCUCACAUUCUGUUCAACUCCUCCCACGGCGUCCUCCUCCCGCCCAAGCAGGAAGACUCGACCUCGCCCCUCCCAGGGUGGAUCAUCGAGUCGCUCAAGGCCGUUAAAUUCAUAGACUCGGGCCAUUUCAACGUCCCCAUGGGCAAGUCUGCUGUGGAGCUGGUUGCUGGGAGAGAGAGCGCCAUUGCACAAGUGAUCAGGACGGUCCCGAACAAGGCCUACAGCCUCAAGUUCUCGGUUGGUGAUGGCAAGAACGGGUGCCAUGGGUCGAUGAUGGUGGAGGCGUUUGCAGCCAAGGCAGUGAUGAAGGCGCCCUUCAAAUCGGAAGGGAAGGGCAAGUUUGAAACGUUCAGCUUCAAAUUCACGGCGGUGUCGGAUAGGACAAGAUUGACAUUCUUCAGCUCGUUCUACCACACCAAGGUUGAGGAUUAUGGAAGUCUUUGUGGGCCUGUUGUUGAUCAAGUUGAGGUUCUUCCCCUUAAGGUGUAGUGAACUGAUGGGAGUUUUUCUAUCUGUUGAGAAGGAAUGCUUAGGGAUUUUGUAACUGCAUUAACUUCUCCUUUCCUACUUUCUUUAAUACAAAACCGCGUUUUCAAUAA